GUUAAGACUAUUAUAUAGUUGUACCUGGUAUGUUUACAGUUUACUGCGCGUGGAAAAUACAUUUGUGACGUCAGUGAUUUACCUUAUGUGUAGGCAUUUUCAUAAUUAAUGCACCAUGCAAAGGCCGAGUAAUAAUCACGGUUAAAUGGUCUGGUUUUUCAGUAAACAUACUGGACGUGUGCGUGUAUAGUAGGCGUUUUUUUUUUGAGUGAAUAAGACACGGUUUAAAUGUAAUUUUGCCUACGAAAACAUAAAUUAUUCACUUUGACCACUGAAGCAUUACGUUAGUGUACCUGCGAUGAUGUGUAUGUUAUAAAUGUUAUUCAAUGGAUUAUUGUAAAACAAACUGAUACAUUAAAUAUCUUUCAAAAUAUAAAUAUCAAAAGCAUUAGGGAAUAUAGUCAGUGACACUAUGGAAUAUCUUGAAGCAUAAUACGCUGACUAAUCGUUGUGUUACAAGCAAUAAUUAAUAGUGUUUAACCACUACUGUACGUGUACUGGAAAUCGUGUUUUCGUUUUCGACUGUACCUUGUAGAAAAAAACAAAAAAAACAAACAAAAAACGAUCAUUAUGUUAAAAGCUUUUGCAAAACUUGCGUUGUUUUUCGUAGUUACAGCAAUUGUGUGUAUUGUUGUUGGUUUAGCUACCCCCGAAUGGUUGUCUAAACCGGGACAUUACCAGGGGCUGUGGGACUACUGCUUUUACCUCACUCACACUGGUGGAAAAAAAACGUGUAUGAAACUUGAAAAACGGUCAGAUUUCGAGGGAUGGAUACAAGCUGUGCGUGCUUUGGUUAUUCUGUCAGUUGUGACGUCACUAUUUGACUUGAUCCUGUUGAUUUUCUAUAUGAAACGAGAUGACGGGCGUACAAACCUUAACAGGAUCAGGGCUGCAAUCGUAGUUUGUAUUUUAUCAGGGGCGCUAUGUUUCUCGGCAGUCAUAGUUUAUGCAGUACAGAAACAUAAUGGACAUUUCAACAAGGGGUACAACUUCUCAUGGUCUUUUAUACUGACAUCUAUCGGAGGCGGAGUGAUUUCCCUUGUACCAAUAGUCUUACUGCUAGAAAUACGAAAAAGUCGUAUCCUUGGCUCGUACGAGUCCAUAUAGACAUAGGCGGAGCCAUUGCUUUCAUCUGCAGGACACGAUAUCAUACUGAUAGGAUCAUUUUUAGCUCAUCAGAGUUUUUUUUGAAAAGAAAAAUGAUGAGUUAUUGUCCUCACUUGAUCGGCGUCAGCGUUGCCUGGAUAAGCUUUAUAUUUAGGUUACUUUUUCUCCUAAACUAUCAAAACUGUUGCUUUAAAACUUGCAACACUUUUUCAUCAGCAAAAGCUGUCUCUGUACAUCAAGAAAAGUAACUCCAUCCUGCUUUUUGCCCAGAACAAUUGCCCCUUCUGGACUUACAAAAUAACAUAGGACAAUAUUUCUAAAUUCUAUUAUACAGAGUAAAAGAAAAUCAGAUAAGCAUCUGCACCCGCAAGACGGUGCUCUUGUUCAUAGAUGGUUUUACAUCGUGAAAUUUAUUCCUUCAAAGUCAUGGUGUUUGACACAAAGUAUAGUGGUUUGAUUUGCACCGGAAAGAGGUUGAACAGAACUAAACUGGUGUUAACUUUUCCUCCGACCCGUCAGUAGGUCUGGAGUCACAAUAUUGCAAAUGUAUGCUUACUGGCCAUUUCAUUCUAAGGUCUGCCGCUUUGAUACUGGAAAAGAUACUCGCAUUGAUGUUUAUGCAUUUCAGGCUUAUCAGUGAGAAUUAUAAGAGUUAUUGCCCUUGGAAUGUUUCCGAUGUGCGGCUAUCUAGAGUAACAGAUAGUGAUUAACCUGGUUUAAAGAGAGUUACGACCCUUUGUUUUUUAUUUUUAGCAAGAUUAGAUCGCUGUUUUAAGAAUGCGGAUGCUAAUCAUCAAAUGAAUUGCAAACUUGUGCUUAAAGUUUUGAUUGAAAUACUCAGUUCUUUAUUUUAUUCUCCCUCUGUGUUUUCCAGUACACCUUUAUCUCCUAAAACAUUCAUAUUUAGGAUGAUCAUUCUCCAGGGAUAGAUAUUCAAGUUUAUAGAUAAAUUUCAGGUGUUUGAAGAGAUACAAUUCAGCUUCUAUACAUAUUGACAAAUCAGGAACUGUAAUUGUUAGCUCGACUAUACGAAGUAUAAGGAGAGUUAUCCUACUCGCCCCGGCGUCGGCGUCGGCGUCGGCGUCUUUCCGCGUCCCCACCUUGGUUAAAGUUUUGGUGCACUUUCUCUUUUUUUCAACUUAUCUCUGUAAUUACUUGAUGGAUUUGAUUCAGACUUGAAAUACUUAUUCCUCAUCAUCAUUCACAUCAUCUGACACAAGGGCCAUAACUCUGGCACCAAUAUUUCAUGAAUUAUCCCCCCUUUUCACUUAGAUUUUCAGGUUUAAGUUUUUAUGCACUUUCACUCUAUCUCUGUUAUUACUGAAUGGAUUUGAUUCAAACUUAAAAUAGUUGUUCAGCAUCAUCACCCACAUCAUAUGACACAAGGUGCGUAACUCUGGCACCAUUUUUUCAUGAAUUAUUCCCCCAUUUUACUUAUAAUUUCAGGUUAAAGUUUUGGUGCACUUUCACUCUACCUCUGUUAUUACUGAAUGGAUUUGAUUCAAACUUAAAAUAGUUGUUCAACAUUAUCAUCCACAUCAUCUGACACAAGGGCCAUAACUCUGGCAUCAAUAUUUCAUGAAUUAUCCCCCCUCUUCACUUAAAAUUUCAGGUUAAAGUUUUGGUGCACUUUCACUCUAUCUGUUAUUACUGAAUGGAUCUGAUUCAAACUUAAACAAUUGUUCAACAUCAUCACCCACAUCAUAUGACACAAGGUGCAUAACUCUGGGACCAAUUUUUCAUGAAUUAUUUCCCCUUUUUACUUAGAAUUUUAGGUUAAAGUUUUGAUGCACUUUCACUCUGUCUCUGUUAUCACUGAAUGGAUAUGAUUCAAACUUAAAAAUAGUUGAUCAACAUCAUCACCCACACCAUAUGACGCAAGGUGCAUAACUCUGGCACCAGUUUUUCAUUAAUUAUUCCCCCUUUUUACUUAGAAUUAGGUUAAAGUUUUGAUGCACUUUCACUCUGUCUCUGUUAUUACUGAAUGGAUUUGAUUCAAACUUAAAAUAGUUGUUCAACAUCAUCACCCACACUAUAUGACACAAGCUGCAUAACUUUGGCACCAAUAUUUAAUGAAUUAUGCCCCUUUUUGCUUAGGAUAUACUUAUAUAGUGUUUUGAUACAUUUUAUCUUUACCUCUCUUAUUACUUUAAGUUGAUAUUUUUGACAUAGACUCAGGCUAUUGUGCAAUAUCUUCAUCCACAAUUGGAGUCAUUAAACACUCCAGUGACAGCUCUAGUUUCAUCAGAUGUGCCCAGUUUCACUAUCCAGCAUCGAAAUAGUCGAGCGCGCUGUCUCCUGUGACAGCUCUUGUUUUUAAUUACUCCUCAUAAAAUUAACAAACGUGUUUGUAAAUAUAGACAGUUCCAAACUGAAAGGGAAGAAGCAUUACACCACCGAUCCAUGCUAAAAAAUAAUGACAAAAUGCAAUACAUAUCCCAUAUCCAUAGCCCUGACCAACCUAUAAGCCGGGCCAGUCUAUUUUAUAAGUACAACAACACUGUUGACCCAUUUAAGCGAAGAGUACGGAUAUGAUUGUGUUCUUUUUUAGCUCACCUGUCACAUAGUGACAAGGUGAGCUUUUGUGAUCACCCUUCGUCCGUCGUCCGUCGUGUGUCCGUGCGUGCGUCCGUCCGUCCGUCAACAAUUUCUUGUCUGCACGAUAGUGGUUUCAGUUAUGAUUUUAUUUUAACCAAACUUGCACACAACUUGUAUCACCAUAAGAUCUCGGUUCCUUUCUUGAACUGGCCAGAUCCCAUUAUGGGUUCCAGAGUUAUGGCCCCUGAAAGGGCCAAAAUCAGCUAUUUUGACCUUGUCUGCACAAUAGCAGCUUUAUUUAUGAUUUGAUUUUUACCAAACUGGCACACAACUUGUAUCACCAUAAGAUCUUGGUUCCUUUCUUGAACUGGCCAGAUCCCAUUAUGGGUUCCAGAGUUAUGGCCCCUGAAAGGGCCAGAAUUAGCUAUUUUGACCUUGUCUGCACAAUAGCAGCUUCAUUUAUGAUUUGAUUUUAACCAAACUUGCACACAACUUGUAUCACUAUAAGAUCUCAGUUCCUUUCUUGAACUGGCUAGAUUCCUUUAUGGGUUCCAGAGUUAUGGCCCCUGAAAGGGCCAGAAUUAGCUAUUUUGACCUUGUCUGCACAAUAGCAGCUUAAUUUUUGAUUUGAAUUUAAUCAAACUUGCACAAAACUUGUGUUGCCAUAAGAUCUCAGUUCCUUUAUUGAACCGGCCAGAUCCCAUAAUGGGUUCCAGAGUUAUGGCCCCUGAAAGGGCCAAAAUUAGCUAUUUUGACCUUGUCUGCACAAUAGCAACUUCAUUUAUGAUUUGAUUUUAACCAAACUUGCACACAACUUGUAUCACCACAAGAUCUUGGUUCCUUUCUUGAACUGGCCAGAUUCCAUCAUGGGUUCCAGAGUUAUGGCCCCUUGAAGGUCCAAAAUUGGCUAUUUUGGCUUUUGCAGCCAUAUAGAGACUUCAUUUAUGGUUUUAUUUGAUACAAACUUCCAAAAUAUCUUCAACAACAAUAAAUCUUGGAUUCCAUGACAAAUCAGAUCCAAUCGUAGGUUCCAGAGUUAUUUUAUAUCUGAUUACCUCCCCUGAUUGUAGUCAAAAUGGAUUUAUAUCAGUAAGUACUUAUAGGACUUACUUGAAAUUUCAUUAUUAUCAUUAGUUGGACUGAGUCAAUCAGGGUAGAUAACUAUGGACUGAUUUUAUGUCAAAUUACCUCCCUUUAUUUCAAAUUAAAAUGGGUAUAUCUCCGUAACUAAUGAAGAUACUGAUCUGAAAUUUCAUUUAUGUCAACAGAUUUAUUUGGCAGAUCCUUCUUUUGUUCACUUACAAUAAUUUUCUUUUUAAUUACUUCCCUUUUACGUUAAUAUAAAUAGCUUAUUUUUAGAAACUUUUUUAUUAUUGGCCGUAGGGAAAAACCGAGACCACUUUUCUGUGGUACAACAUGGAUGGUACCUCCAAUUUUUAGGUGUAUUUUGACAUAUCUAUACCUUGUAAGAAUUUUUUUUUCUUUUUGGUUAAAUUUCUUUCCUUUGUUGUUCCUGUCCUUUGGACUUAGAUAUUUUUUCUGAAGACCUUCUUGUCCUCAAGUGCAAUGAUAACAGGUGAGCGAUAUAGGGCCAUCAUGGCCCUCUUGUUUAAAGAAUGAAAUGAAUGUUACAGAACAUUCCAGUUUUCUUGCAAGUGUGCACGUUCUUGUUCUAAAAAUAAAUGAUAUGAGCAGGAAUCAACUAACAAAUAGGAAUUUAAGACAAAGACGAUAAAUGUUAAAAUUGAGAAAAGGGAAAGUGAAAGAUAUUAUUUAACAGUAAAGUUGAUAAUAUUAUAGAGACAUAGACUUAAAGUUUGUAGUCUGAAGGAUAGAGAUGUCGACAGUGAUUUGGUUUGCUUUAAAAGUCGCCUUAUGACCAAUAUGUCUAUAUGACUCUGAACGCACCCCCAUCUCCACCCAAAGAAAAAACAAAACAAAACAAAAUAACAAACAAACUAAAAAGGUUUGCUUUAAUAAUAUUAUGACUUUACGUGCUUUAAUAAUAUUAUGACUUUACGUAAUUCGUUUAUAAAUGCGUCCAUUUGUGAUAUAUUUCUGUGAUACUGGAAAAUAUUUACUCAUGCAUAUGUGCACUUUUAUUGCACUUUAUGCCCUUGUGUGGUUUACUACAUUCAUCAUGUUAUACAAUGUCGGGAAUUUUGAUUGUAUUUUUUUUUCUUCAUUUAGGGAAGGUAUCCGCUAGGUGGAAGCGGAUGUUUCUACCAAGCUGCAUACCUGUACAACAAGACCGAAUAAAAAACAUGUCUUUCUUCAAAGGUCAAGCGUAUUAAAUGUGUUAUCUUGUGAUACUAGAUACUAGGGAUAUUUGUUCGUUUCAGUGCAAGAUUGAAAUAUUAAGAUAUGCUGUUCAUGACAGAACAAUAUUUUGAUCUUACA